ACAAGGUGAUCCAUGGCUUAUUUAUAUCUUCAUCCAUCAACAGAAAUCUAAAAUCAUAUAUGUGGUUUGUCAAUGACAUAUUGAUCAGGUCACAAUCAAUUAGCACGCCCAAGAUAAUAAUCGGAUUGGCAACUAGGCAAUUGGCAUGUCAAAACAAUGGUAGAAAGUCGAAGGAGGGAAAGCACGGGGGCAUCUUAUAAAGAUCAUUACGUCUAGUCGGCCGCUUCUUUUUUUUGUUUUUUUUAAACUUUUACUGUUUUACAUUCUCAGCAAUAUUCCCUGUGUUUUCGGCACAUUCUAUUCCGAUCAGUUAUUCCAUUCAUAGCAAAACCAUCAUCAAACUAUCCAAGGAACAGAGUAUAAUUUAUUGUUUGGAAAUUCCCAGAACCGACAAAUUGACUUUAAAAAGGCCUAAAUUCUCUAGUGGAGAACCCAACAGGAAAAGCUGAAGCAUCUGUUAAAAUGGGUACACCAGUGCUACCCCAACCUCAACCUCCAUCUUCCUCUUCAAACAAUCAAUUCAACAUGGCUUCUCACAACAAUAAUCCUUACCUCGCCAUUUCACCAGUUCCAUCAUCUGGCAGGAGGCCGAUGGGUAGGUUAUGUGAUGCCCUGAACCGAUGCGGGAAGAGGGCUGAGGCCCUUGCUGACAACGUUUGGAACCACCUGAGGAUGAGUCCUAGUCUUGCUGAUGCUGCAGUGGCAAGGCUUGCUCAAGGGACAAAGCUGCUUGCAGAAGGAGGGCAUGAUAGGUUGUUCCAACAGACAUUUCAGAUCUUGCCGGGGGAAAAGCUCUUACAUACAUAUGUUUGCUAUCUAUCGACUUCCUCUGGACCAGUGAUUGGAAGUCUUUACAUAUCCACUAAAAGAAUAGCCUUUUGUAGUGAUUAUCCCCUCUGUUAUUAUCCUUCACCAGGGUACCAGCAGUGGAUGUAUUAUAAGGUGGUGUUGGAGCUUGAUAAGUUGGCAACAGUCGAACCUUCUGCAAACCGACUGAACCCUUCUGAAAAAUAUAUUCAUAUUGUCACCAGGGAUGGUUAUGAAUUUUGGUUUAUGGGGUUUAUAUCAUAUGACAAGGCACUCAAGUCUUUAACUGAAGCUUUACAUCACAAUCUCCAUGCAUCACUACUGUUCUAAGAAAAUUAUCAGCUCUUAAAGUGCAGAGAAAUGGCAUCUCUGGCCAUCGUAAAUUUGCUAAAAUGAUAUAGGCUAAUCUGAUAAAGAGUAAUGGAGUGUAAUAAGCCGCUCUUACCAGAUUGAUAAUCUGUUUGGACACUUGCAGACUUGCAGUAGUUUGUCUUUGUAUGAUUAAAUGCUAUAAAGGAUUUUUUCCAGUAGUAUUAUAUUUAUUUCUCUCUAGCAAUCACUACGUGUCAUGUGUACUCAAAAUUCAUUUUUAAG